GUUAUUGGACACAGAUUGCAUUGCUGUGUCGUGGCUCUGUAACCUAACGCGAAGGUGGAGAAGAAGACGUGAAUUGUGUGCUCUCAUUUGACCGUAAAGCAAAUUUUCAUGAUUUUAAGAGCAAACAUAUUUCCUCAAUUGAUCUACACUUAGAUAACGGGAUUCACCAGCUCCGGAUAUGUCCUUCAUAUUUGAUUGGAUUUAUAGUGGUUUCAGUAGCGUAUUGCAGUUUCUAGGUAAGUACCAUGUAAACAUCACCUAUUCCACUUUCAAUACUGUCCUCUGAAUGGCUUGAAUAGGAAGCUGGAUCUCAAGCUACUCUGUACUGAUAACUUUUAUUUUUCAUAUUUCCUAAUUACCACUUGUUGUAAAGACUGACAACAAGUGUGGUGCUGUCUGUCGUUCCUAGAAAUCCAUAUUUUCCCUCUUGUGGUUGAACAUGGUAGCUGGUGAUUUGAGUAGUCUGAGACUAGGCCUAUGUGUUGUUUUACAACAUGUGCCCACAGCCUAGCUACAGUGAAACAAAAACAAGCUCACUUCAGGCUGCUGCUACCACUCCCUUUAGACUCCCUCUAGAGCCCUCUCUAGUUUCUUAUCUCAGAGAGGUGUGGUGGCACUCCUGCUUACCUUGUUAAACAGGUACUGCUGAGGUUCUCUUGGUGUUGCGUAAUGAUGAUGACGAGGCCUAAGAGCUGACUCAGAAAAGACAGGCAUUCAUCCAGGGCUCUAGGUAUAAUGUUUGUAUGUCGUAGUGCAGGUCAGCAGUGUAUUUUGAAUCUCAGAUAAAAAGUCUGGUUCACUAUAUUUUAUGUAUACCUGUUUUAACUUGAUACUUUCAACUUUGACUUCUUUUGUUGGUGAGAAGAUUUAUUCAAAGAUUUGGUUUAAUUGUGAAUACAUUGUUAGGCAAAGGACAGACAACAGGUCUCAAAAGGACAAGGUGAUAGUCACAGCUUCUUUGUUUUCAAUGUACAAAAAAUGUUCAGAAACACAUUUAAAUGACAUUUUAGGACUGUACAAGAAAUCGGGCAAGUUAGUAUUUCUUGGACUGGACAAUGCUGGCAAGACGACGCUACUGCACAUGCUCAAAGAUGACAGAUUGGGACAGCAUGUGCCAACUUUACAUCCAACCUCGGAAGAACUGACGAUCGCUGGCAUGACCUUCACCACCUUUGACCUUGGAGGCCAUGCACAAGCUCGCAGAGUGUGGAAAAACUACCUCCCCGCCAUCAACGGCAUCGUCUUCCUUGUGGAUUGCAUCGACUUCCCUAGAUUGCCAGAGUCCAAAACAGAACUUGAUGCUCUAAUGACAGAUGAGACCAUUGGAAACGUGCCUAUCCUGGUCCUCGGCAACAAGAUUGACAAAACAGAAGCCGUCAGUGAGGAGACACUACGUGAGAUGUUUGGAUUAUAUGGUCAGACAACAGGCAAGGGCAACAUUCCCAUGAAGGAGCUGAACACGAGACCACUGGAGGUGUUCAUGUGCAGCGUGCUGAAGAGGCAGGGUUACGGCGAGGGCUUCCGCUGGCUCUCCCAGUACAUUGACUAGAGCCCCGGCACAAGGAGGUGCUACAGGGAGACACCCCACUUCUACCGCCACCAUACUCAGUCCCAUGUUUGGUUUAUAAAGUCUGCCUCCGCCACCAGAAAAAAACAGUACAACUUGAACCCAAUACUUUUAUUGGUCUCCAGAACACUUUUUUGGGGUUACACUGUCUCUUUUUUUCUAAGAGAAUUAACAUAGCAUUGGUUCUGCAGAAGUGUUAGAAAAGAUGAAUCGUUUAGAAUUUUUUAAAUAUUUUGUUUCCAUCUAUUCGCCUCCCCAUGACAUCUGUUGGUGUGACAAAUGCAGUAUAUAAUUGUAAAUCUGUAAAUGAAUCUAAUCUGCCACCUUCCAACACAUUUUGAGCAGUGAGACAGCUGAUUAGUUGUACACCGCAAUACACUUUUUUUUAACAGGAAAGGCAACAUACAGACAUGACUCGUGUUUAAUCAUGUUUCAUUACUGUCUUUUCUUCAUUCUAUAUUUUUUACAUAGUAAGAAGUGUGGCCAAGUAGACAGCAGCACUCACCUUAAAGAAAACCCUUCCGUCUCUCUGGCUGUGUCAUUUUCUUAUAAUAAACCGAGCCCUGCAUUGAUCUACAUUAAUGUAUUGGAAAUAGUUACAUUUCUUAAGAGUUUGUCACUUGUAUUGGCAUUUAAGGUAAUCCCAUUUCCAAACAGCAAUGUGUUGUCUGUGGACACGGACUAGUCACAUGCUCCAAGACUGGAGUGUAGGUAGGCCAAUGGGUUGUAGGCAGCAUGGAACUCUGGGGGUCGACAUGCUGUGGUAAGAUCGAAAGGACCAUAUACGACAAUGGGAGGGGAAAUCUUAAUUUGGAAGAAUGAAAAGGAAUAAUAUUGGCUAUAUAACCAUCUCUCUGGGGUUCGAGGUUCAAAUUGUUUGCUAGCAGACAAGAUCAGAAAGAUAUUUAACUGUGAAUGAAAUGAUUGAAAAUAGCUUGAUGAUAAUAUGCAGUAAAAAGUGGUUGGAGCUAUGUAACAUCUCAGUAGUUGGCAAUGUUAGAAAGCCAGAUGAGUUCCCUCAAGCAGAGCUGGGCCCAGGUUCACCUUAGAAACAUAACAUCCUUUUGGGAAACCGACCCUGAACAGGAUGAAUAUAGUGUCCCAAGUUAGAUAUGAGGAAUAGUCCACGAGUGAAAACCUAGCAGAAAGGGACCAUAUGGGAUUUUUUUAAUAAGUGGUUUCCUUGAUCAAUGUGCAUUAUAAAACUAUUAUGCAUGCCUUGUUCUUUGUUUUUUAUCGACCAUAUACAGAAGUACAACGAGGGAGCAAAUGCCAAAUUACGGUGUAAGGAAUUGAGUGCUUAUCUCAAAACCUGUCAUUUUUUUCCUGUUCUGCCCUUCGGUGUUUUCAUUUCCUCAUAUUCCAUGAACUGUUCCGAUAAGGGAAAGACUUACUGUUUGCAUCAUAAAUUGUAAUAAACAUUUGCAAUGAAUAACCGAA